CUUUCAAAACCAGGCAGUCAUGUGACUGUUUCAAAAUGGAAACUGAAAGCAAUGUCUUGUUUUUAUUGAGUUUUAUUGUUUUAAUUAUUAACAGCUUGACGGAUGCACAAUCAAGGCCCAAUAUUGUGUUUGUAUUGACAGACGAUCAAGAUAUUAAACUGGGCGGAAUGACACCAAUGGUUAAAACCAAUAAUUUGGUGGGAGAUAAAGGAAUAAAGUUUAAUAAUAUGUUCACAACCAGUCCUCUAUGCUGCCCGAGUCGGUCAAGUAUAUUGACUGGCCGGUAUGUCCACAAUCACGGUGCAGUGAACAACUCGCUCGAUGGUGGCUGUAGUAAUGACAAAUGGCAGCAGGACCAGGAAGCAAAUGCCUUUCCUACAGUGCUAAAGACCAAGGGAUAUUCAACUUUCUUUGCUGGAAAAUAUUUAAACCAGUAUGGAUAUCCACAAUCGGGUGGAGUUGAGCAUGUUCCACCAGGCUGGGAUGACUGGAAUGGUUUGGUGGGGAACUCCCAAUACUAUGACUACAGCCUGUCAGUGAACGGCCAGCAAGUAAAACAUGGUCAUGAAUAUCCGCAAGACUAUCUUACGGAUGUCAUACAUAAGGCAGCGAGAAAGUUUCUGACCACUAGAGAUAAGAAGAAGCCGUUCUUCAUGAUGUUGUCAACACCUGCAUGUCAUGCACCCUUCACGCCUGCCCCCCAAUACAACUCAUCGUUCUCAGACAAGCUGGCCCCGCGGGAUGGUAGUUAUAACCAACAAGCUGGCCCGGACAAACACUGGCUCAUCAGACAGGCAGCUGUGCCCAUGCCAAGUGACACUGUGCAGCAGUCAGACAGCUUCUUUCAAAACAGGUGGAGAACUCUGCAGUCUGUAGAUGACAUGAUGGAGGACCUAGUACAGACCCUGCAGGCAGAUGGUCUCCUUGACAACACUUACAUAUUCUUCUCCUCUGACAAUGGAUACCACCUUGGUCAGUUCGGGCUCCCUUACGACAAGCGGCAGUUGUAUGAUUUCGACAUAAGAGUUCCCUUGAUGGUGCGAGGUCCAGGCAUAAAGCCAAACCAAACCUCAGAUAAAAUCGUGGCAAACAUAGACCUGGCACCAACGUUCCUGGACCUUGUGGAUGGUACGAUUCUGCCGAAUGUCGACGGCAUUUCCCUGAAGCCAUAUCUCCACCCCAGUGACAACAGCACUCGCCCACUGCGUGACUACAUACUCAUAGAACAUACAGGGGAAUACAGCGAGAGAGUUGACAGUUGCCCACAGUUCCUGGGCCAAGAUAUGAGUAACUGCAACAACCAUUGUGUGUGUGAAGACUCCAAAAACAACACCUUUGCCUGUAUAGUCCAGGUGCAGAGUGGACACAUGAUCAAGGCAUGUGAGCUCAUGGACAGCGAGAACUUUGUGGAAAUUUACGACACCACCGCUGACCCAUAUGAGUUUAAGAAUCUCUACAAGACGUACGAUCCCAAGUCGUUUGCCGUGCUGCAGAAGCAGCUACAGUUCCUGUCAACGUGUAAAGGUCCCGAGUGUAACUCGCUGCCUCAGGCAGUCAGAGGCGUGUAAUAGCAUUCUAUGGUGUGUGACACAAAGAUUUAACACUUAGUAUGUCAACUAUGUUCUUUUGAAAUUGAUCAGCGUUAAUUGACAUGAUGAUGUUUUUUACUGUGAUAUCAUUCUGAGUUGGAUGGUUGGGACUUCUUUUAUAAUUUACUCUUAACAGAAACUAAUUUGAAUUACUGUACUGGAAUGAUAAUAUUACAAUACUUUGCAUAUUAUGGUUUGGUAAGGCUCUAUAAGAGAUAUGCAAACAAGUGCACUUUUGAGUGUUCUAUUUUUUAUUGAUUUUGUUAUUUAUUGGUAAUAUGACAUGAAAUGACAUAUACACUAUUGUUAUUCUGUAUGUUAGGUCAACUAAAAGAAAUUACCUGAAAUAAAAAAUGUGUGAUGUUAAGUAAUCUAACUAUAUGGAAGCAUAGGCAGGCUAGGCAUUCAUUUAAAUGGGUAUGCUGUUAUGGAAAAACACCGUUUAUGCAGCAUUCAUGUAUAUUUGGUUACUUAGAAAACAACAGUUCUUUAUUUGAAUUUGUUGUAUUAGGUUUUAUGUUUUUAUCAAAAACAAACAAAUGAGAUAUUUUUACUGUUUGAUUCAAAUGCUGAUGUGCAAUUCUAGCUGCUGACCAAUGCUCAUUGAAUGUUAAAAGAGACUUAAUUUUGUGGAAAACAGGUGAUUAAAACCAAUUUUUUACUGUUUACACCAUGGGCUUCAGGAGCUGUUUUACAGUUAAUUUAAAAUUCCAAAGAUGGAUUAAUGAUUUGUGUGCAAUAAGAUAAAUAAUUAUUUGAGUAUAAGUGCAGAAUAUUUAUAUAUGCUGAUACACUUUGAGUGUGGAGACAAAGAUGAAACAGGUGGUGUCCUUGAACCUCCUCUUGUCUGUGAAGCUUUUUCUGCAGGCGAACAUGCUGCGGAGAAAAUGUAGCUCAGUGGAAGGAUAAUAAUCUCAAUUGAGUCUGUUAAAAUAUUUAUGAAAGAACAAUACAUUAUAAUAAGUUCCAUUUUAACAUAUAUGAUAGUUUUGCAAAAUACUUGUUAUUAAAUAUUGUGUGGUGCAUAUUUUUUUUGUUGUUCAAAAUCUUGUUCACACAUCUGUAUAAUAAUCAUAAUAUAUUUUUUUAUGCUCCCUUUCAAAGAAAAGGGGGUAUAUAGUUUUCGCACUGUCCGUCUGUCAGUUACACUUUUCGUGUCCGCCCUCUGAUUCAAAUAGUUUUCAUUCGAUCUUUACGAAACUUUGUCAGAAGUUGUAUCUAGACAAUAUCUAGGUCAAGUUCGAAGAUGGGUCAUGCCAUGUCAAAAACUAGGUCAUGGGGUCGAAAAAACAAAUCCAAGGGAAGUAAUAAACUUGGACAUAAUUAUCUGACCUGCCAAAUAUAUUUUUGUUUAAUACAUCAAAGUGGCGCAGUAGGCGGCAUUGUGUUUCUGACAAACACAUCGUGGUAAAAGGUCAAGGUCAUCAUUCAAGGUCUAAGGUAAAAAAUCCAAGGGCAGUAAUAAGCUUUAAAGGGAGAUAAUUAAUCAAUGUUAACUUGAUAUUUGGCAUGCAUGUGUAUCUCAUGGAGCUGCACAUUUUGAGUGGUGAAUCUACAGUCACGGUCGUGGCUUUUAUUUAUUUGCUACUAAAAAAAGAGAUUUGUUACAGACAAUUAUUUACGAGGGAAGUAAUUUAUAUAAUUAUAAAUCUCAGAUUGUAUAUUUCAUUACCAAGAAUUUUAAGUUUUUUUCACAGUUACUGUACAUAUUUUUUAUUUUGAUUACUUAUAACUCAAAUGAUUGAUUUGUCAAAGGAUUUUUUAAUGAUAUAAUUAUCAUUUCUUUCCUGUACUAAUUUGUUGUGAUUGGUAGGGUUCAUUACAUACCUGUGGACUUACAUCCAUACAUACAUGAUGAACUCUGGCUAUGAUCUCUUUGAUAAACCACAGGCCUUGGUUGUCAGUGAUGUCUAACUUGGUCAUUUUUGACUGUCUACAGACCCCCCCCCCCCCCGGAUGGGUUGGACAAAAUCCAAGGGUAGUAAUAAGCUUUAAAGGGAGAUGAUUUCUGUACCUGCUAAAUGAUAAAUAGAAAUUUUAUUUCAAAACAGCGCAGUAGGGGGCAUUGUGUUUCUGAUGAACACGUAUCUUGUUUUAUUUACCAUAUGCUGUUUAACUAUUUUUAUAGCAUGGCUGAACCAUGCUGAGUAUUAUUUAUUUCUGUAUGUUUUGCUGUUUUAAACUUUAUAAUAUAUUUAAAAGGUAAUAGAAGAUAUUUUGUGUUCCUUAUGAAAAUAUUGGUAAGUGGUGUGCAUACAGAUAUUUUUAGGGCAAAAUGUCCCAUGAGGUUUUUUUCUUAUAACAUUUGUUAACAUAUUACAGUAUGUUUAUAGAAAUUGACUCAACAGGCUGUAGGAAUCUGGGGGUAUCUCGUAAAAGAUUUUUAUGCAAACAUAAACAAUAAAAUAAAUGG